AUGAAACCAGAGGAUGGAAAACCAGAGGAAGUCGCGAAGCCAGAUUCGGUAGCGAAGCCAGAGGAAGCCGCGAAGCGCAGAUACGACCCUCACACUACAGAGCACCCACAUCCAUCCGCAGGGACGCAGUGCUCGGGCAGCCGACGGCGUCGUCGCGCGUCCACGAUGCCUCCGCGUCCUCGACUCUUCCCGCCCUCCGUCCUGCUGUGCGCGGCGUCGCUCGUCGUCGCCGUGCCCUUCGUCCUCGUCCUGACUGAUUUCUCCUCGCGCUUCCAGUGCCGGCCGGCCGGGGACACCCUGGACAUGAUCCCGCCGGCGUUCCCGGGCGUGCAGCGACCCAAACGCGACGCCGACCCGAGCGAGGGGCAGAUGACGAAGAGGAUCAUCGUUUCGCUUUUCCCCGUUGAGAGUCGGAGCAACAAGUUCUUCGUGGAGGCCGGGGCCCUGGACGGACGGACGAUCUCGAAGACGCUGUACCUGGAGGAGAACCUCGGCUGGACGGGCCUCUUGGUCGAACCGAAUCCCCACCUCUUCCUGAAGAUGACGAACCAGAAGAGAAACGCCUGGCUUGCGCCGUAUUGCCUAUCGCCGAGUGAGAAUGUCAUUCACGCGGUGAUGGAGUACCCAUACGAUCCCAACGAUCCAAUUGCCUCGUGGGGAGGCGGGAUCAGUCGGAAGGGGAGAGUGAAGGGUCCGGUGAAGAACGGGACGACCAUCUACUCGGCCCUGGUGAAGUGCUACCCGCUGCACAUGCUCCUGGACGCUCUGGGCGUCCGGACGGUCCAUUUCUUCAGCCUGGACGUGGAGGGCCUGGAACUCCAGGUGCUCAAGACCCUGCCCUUCCAACGCAUCGCGUUCCACGUUAUCGAGGUGGAACACAUCUUCAACGACGAGGGCAAGGACAGCCUCAAGGACUUCCUCCUCUCCCUGGAAUACGACCUCGUGAAGGACGAAGGCGGCGAGUUCAUUUUCGUCAACAAGACGGCGCUGGCUUCGAAAGACUGAGGAAUUUUUUAGAUAUUUUUUUUUUGCCGAUAUUGGAUGCGAAACAAAAUAUGUAUACUUUUCUCCACGUUCGCGUGCAACCCCUUGGAAACUAUGUGUGGCAUGUUCAAUGAACGUUGAGGAAAAAUUCGCCAAAAAAAGAUGAGGGUUGCAUGCUGAGGCGAUAGUAAUUGGUAAGAGAGGGCUCACCAAUUACUCGCUUCGAAGUGCCAGCCAUCUGUUUCAUGAAUUUGCUCUGCUCUGUGCUGUUGUACAGUUGUCAAUAAAUAUGAAAUAUUCAUGUG